CUCGCUCCUGCGCUCCUAUUUGAGCGGGACGCGCUGCCCUCUCAGUGCCGCUGCAGAGGAGUGACAGCCAGCCACACCGGGACGCUCUCCAGACAACCAGCUCAUCAUCCUGACAACCUUCUAAGGUCAAGAAAUGCUCUUUUUCAUCUACCUGAGAAAAACUCACAUCCAAUGAAAUGUACCCUGGCACAAAAGAAAAUAAUUAAAAAUCAUUUUAAUACAAUCACACAAUCUUUACAAAUAUCAAGACACAAUCAUGUCCAAGGACGAUGCUUGUAAAGUGACGUCUGCCAGCAAACACAAGGAGCGCAAGCCUAAGAAGCCUCACUAUAUUCCCCGGCCGUGGGGCAAACCCUACAACUACAAAUGCUUCCAGUGCCCCUUCACCUGCAUGGAAAAGUCCCACCUGUACAACCAUAUGAAGUACAGCCUGUGCAAGAACUCCCUUUCUCUGCUCAUAGAGUCAGACUGGCCAUAUAAAAAGGGCAACAUCCUGCACCCAGAGCAGCUACGGCCCUUUCAGCAGGCACACAGCCUUCAAGCUACUGGGAAAGAUGGGCUAGAGCAGGUAACAGGGACUGAGGAGAGACAGAGGCAACGAAGGGCUGUGGAGGAGGAAGGGGAGGACAGGGAAAGCCAGGGAGCAGAAGAUGAGGAAGAGGGAGGACGAGGAGAGGGAGUGGAGGUCACUGGGCUGACGAAAGAGAGCUCCGGUAACAACAGAGGAGACGCCGCAGAGUGCGCUACCAAGAAAACCAAACAGCCAGAAUCAGAACUUCUGAUGGCUGACAUGCUCUCCCUGGAAGAUCAGCUUUUACGGGCGCGCUCAGUAGAGGUAGAGGCCCAGCUCAAACACUACAAGCUAUCCAAGACAUGUCUAACAGCUCCUGGCCUGCUGUCGGAGCAGUGGCGGUUGUUAGCAUCCAGCCACACUAAGGCAAAAGCUGAAGGAGCUCAGCCCAGAGUGAGUAGUUCAAUCCCUUGUUACCCUCCUCCGCCGAACCUGGUGGAUUACCAGGAUCCCACUGGACUCAACCUGUCAAUGCUCGGGGUGGGUUACCCCAUCAGCCCCAGCCUCUUCUCCUACAUGAACUCAGCCAUUCCCACAGCUGCCACGGGUGUCAGUGCCCAGACCCACGCGCAGCUUGCCCAGCUUCCCUUCCUGGCAUCGGCCGCUCAACUGAUGCACCCAGCCUCCAGCACCCACACAGACAGAGCUCUAAUCCCCCCUCGUCUCUACUACCCCUUUCUGUGUGAGCACGCAUUCGGAACGGCCUCUAGUCAUAGCGAUGCCAGCAAAGUGCUCAAGACAUCCACAAACAAUCUAGAAGUGAAUCCCCUGUCUGGCUUCCAGCCCAAAGUAAAUCUGUGGAAAGUGCCUGCUUUGCGGCCAGGGACCACCACAGUCUCCCCUACUGGCUGGGUAUCACCUCAGAGGGACUCCCCUGACCAGGGGUACAGGUUGGGGGAUAAACUGCAGGCUACAGCCAAGGAAGGUAAAGCCAGCUGGGGCCUCAAGAGGACAGGGGCCCCACUGGGGAACCAUGAGGCACCCGUGGACAAGAAGCCGGCCGUGGGUUUCACUCUGGACUUUCUGAAGAAUAUUCAGACUGCAUCAAAUCUAAAUAUGGCAGCAGACAAACUUCUCUUCCAUGGAAGUUUACAGGAUGCCCAGCUUCAGACCCGGCCUACUGAACUGUGGUACAACAAUCCUCUCACCAGUCCCAACAGUGAAACAUCCUCUCUUUCUACCUGUGGAGGACCCAACAGCCAGGACACAACUGCUGCCCAGAAAAUGGGGGAGGGAGCUUCAGAGUCAGUGGCUGCUCUCCUCAGUGACCUCUCCAAGGCCUUGCAGGAGUACCAGGAGGCUGAGCGCAAAAUCUCCCACCUAGAAAAGGAGGACCUUCCUGCCCAGCGCCACCUCUGGGAACACCUGAGCAAAAUCCGCAGCGAGCUUUCCCACAUCCACCAGGCGCUGGAGCGGACGGCUCGCCAGAGCGACGGGCCUCUCGACCUGUCAGUCAAGAGGGUCUCGUCAGAGUUGGUUGGUGACCACAGCAUGAGAGAGGAUGCCAGCCUUAGAGACAACACGACAGAGACAGAGGAGGAGGACGAGGAGCUGGAGGAUAAAAAGGAGGAAGAAGAGAAUGAGAGCGAGAGGAAGGCGAUGAAGGCUUCUUUGGAGAGUCGUAAGCAGUCUUUGGACAUGCUGAUAAAGAUGAGUCAAGCAUCGGUGGUAAACACAGAGGUUCUCUCUCCCGGUGGUCUUGGCGUAAGGCCCAGUUCUGCUGAGGCCUUAUGGCCAAGCAGAGCCACAAAGUGUGAGGCGGACUCCAGCGUUCUGCUCUGCCCCGACGGCCGAUCAGUGGUGUUCACUGACAUCCCCUCCUCUGCCAAAACCCCAAAGAGACCCCCGUCCAUACAGCGACUAGAAGCCCAGUGUCCCCUGAGCCCUUUGACAGCGACUGACAAUUAAACUCCUGUUCUUCUGACUGUAACAUAACUGAUUCCAUACAGUUGUUCAAAUGCAGUUGUCUUCAUUAUUACUGGCAUGUAUUUGAUUUUCACUGGCUGGAGGAGGACUGUCGCUCUUAUUCUCAGUUUAACUCCACAAAAACCUCGAACAUUUUGCACCUUAUAAGACAAACAGAGAAUGAAUGACAAUAUUUGAAAGGAAAGUCUUACAAAUGCACUGUGGACAUUGAUUGUUACAAUAAUAUUCUCCUAAAAAUAAUUUUAAAAAUGUAACAUCAGCAACAAUAAUUUACAUCAGAAUAAUUUGAACAAUUAAGUCCAUUAAAAUCAUAUUGAGAGACAAUCUUUUAAAUGGUUUUGUAAAUAUUGUAAUUACUUAAUAAAUGUAAGUAAAAUGUUUUAAAAGGUAAAUGGUUUUAUAUGGAUAAUGUCAUGUUGGACUGCAUUAUUUCACUUGAUGACAAUAAAUUGUAUUAUACACACUGUAUUUCUUUGAAUAA